GGCGACAUGACGGACAACAUCCCGCUGCAGCCGGUGCGCCAGAAGAAGCGGAUGGACAGCAGGCCCCGCGCCGGUGGGAUUGCGAGGAAGGGGAAGGCAAGGAUCCUGUUCGAACAUUCGGUCCCCAUAGGACCUGGAGUAGUACUUCGUACCAACUAGAUACUUCAUAAUGCUUACUCUGAGGAAUGGAACCGCAUUGAGUCCCUGGAUAAUAUGAAACAUUGUAACUAAAGAAUACAUCGCACAAAGUUCUCCUUGCUCCCUCCUUCCCAGGGGGAACCAGUGCUGGAGAUUUCCUGCACUUGAAGCAUGUCUGGGUGCUGCGAGUGGCUGAGAUGCUGUGGCGGAGGGGAGCCCAGGCCCCGCACAGUGUGGUUGGGGCAUCCCGAGAAGAGGGACCAGAGGUACCCUCGAAAUGUCAUCAACAACCAGAAGUACAACUUCUUCACCUUUCUUCCUGGGGUGCUGUUUAACCAGUUCAAAUACUUCUUCAACCUCUAUUUCUUACUUCUGGCCUGCUCUCAGUUUGUCCCUGAGAUGAGACUUGGUGCCCUCUACACGUACUGGGUCCCCCUGGGCUUCGUGCUGGCCGUCACCGUCAUCCGAGAGGCCGUAGAGGAGACCCGAUGCUAUGUGCGGGACAGGGAAGUCAACUGCCAGGCCUACAGCCGGCUCACAGCAAGAGGGACAGUGAAGGUGAAAAGCUCCAACAUCCAGGUUGGAGAUCUUAUCAUCGUGGAAAAGAACCAGCGGGUCCCUGCUGACAUGAUCUUCCUGAGGACAUCAGAAAAAAACGGCUCCUGCUUCCUGCGCACGGACCAGCUGGAUGGCGAGACAGACUGGAAGCUGCGGCUCCCCGUGGCCUGCACGCAGAGGCUCCCCACCGCGGCCGAUCUCCUCCAGAUUCGGUCGUACGUCUACGCGGAAGAGCCAAACAUCGACAUUCACAACUUUGUGGGAACUUUCACCAGAGAAGACAGCGACCCUCCGAUCAGCGAGAGCUUGAGCAUCGAGAACACGCUCUGGGCCGGCACUGUCAUCGCGUCGGGUACCGUCGUGGGUGUCGUCCUUUACACGGGCAGAGAACUCCGGAGUGUCAUGAACACCUCAAACCCUCGAAGUAAGAUCGGCCUGUUUGACCUAGAGGUGAACUGCCUGACCAAGAUCCUCUUCGGCGCUCUGGUGGUGGUGUCGCUGGUCAUGGUGGCCCUUCAGCACUUCGCCGGGCGCUGGUACCUCCAGAUCAUCCGCUUCCUCCUGCUGUUCUCCAACAUCAUCCCCAUCAGCCUGCGUGUGAACCUGGACAUGGGCAAGAUUGUGUACAGCUGGGUGAUUCGGAGGGACUCGAAAAUCCCUGGGACGGUGGUUCGUUCCAGCACCAUCCCUGAGCAGCUGGGCAGGAUUUCUUACCUACUCACAGACAAGACAGGAACUCUCACCCAGAACGAGAUGGUUUUCAAACGGCUGCACCUGGGCACCGUGGCCUAUAGCCUUGACUCCAUGGAUGAAGUUCAGAGCCACAUUUUUAGUGUUUAUACCCAGCAAUCCCAGGACCCGCCUGCUCAGAAGGGCCCCACGCUCACCACCAAGGUCCGGCGGACCAUGAGCAGCCGUGUGCACGAGGCCGUGAAGGCCAUCGCGCUGUGCCACAACGUGACUCCCGUGUACGAGUCCAAUGGUGUGACUGACCAGGCCGAGGCCGAGAAACAGUACGAAGACUCCUGCCGCGUGUACCAGGCGUCCAGCCCAGACGAGGUGGCCCUGGUCCAGUGGACCGAAAGUGUGGGCUUAACGCUGGUGGGCCGAGACCAGUCGUCCAUGCAGCUGAGGACCCCUGGCGACCAGAUCCUGAACUUCACCAUCUUACAGAUCUUCCCUUUCACCUACGAAAGCAAGCGGAUGGGCGUCAUCGUGAGGGAUGAAUCCACCGGAGAGAUCACGUUUUACAUGAAGGGAGCGGAUGUCGUCAUGGCUGGCAUCGUGCAGUACAAUGACUGGCUGGAGGAGGAGUGUGGAAACAUGGCACGAGAAGGUCUGCGGGUGCUGGUGGUGGCGAAAAAGUCUCUAGCAGAGGAACAGUAUCAGGACUUUGAGGCCCGCUACGUCCAGGCCAAGCUGAGCGUGCACGACCGCUCGCUCAAAGUGGCCACCGUGAUCGAGAGCCUGGAGAUGGAGAUGGAGCUGCUCUGCCUGACGGGGGUGGAGGACCAGCUGCAGGCGGACGUGAGGCCCACCCUGGAGACGCUGAGGAACGCCGGCAUCAAGGUUUGGAUGCUGACGGGGGACAAGCUGGAGACGGCUACGUGCACAGCGAAGAACGCACACCUGGUGACCCGAAACCAAGACAUCCACGUUUUUCGGCUGGUGACCAACCGCAGCGAGGCCCACCUCGAGCUGAACGCUUUCCGCAGGAAGCAUGACUGUGCCCUGGUCAUCUCUGGAGACUCCCUGGAGGUCUGCCUCAAGUACUAUGAGUACGAGUUCAUGGAGCUGGCCUGCCAGUGCCCGGCCGUGGUCUGCUGCCGCUGCACGCCCACCCAGAAGGCCCAGAUCGUGCGGCUGCUGCAGGAGCGCACCGGGAAGCUCACUUGUGCAGUAGGUGAUGGAGGCAACGACGUCAGCAUGAUUCAGGAAUCCGACUGUGGUGUGGGUGUGGAGGGGAAGGAAGGCAAGCAGGCGUCCCUGGCGGCCGACUUCUCCAUCACCCAGUUCAAGCACCUGGGCCGCCUGCUCAUGGUGCACGGCCGCAACAGCUACAAACGCUCGGCGGCCCUCAGCCAGUUCGUCAUCCACCGGAGCCUCUGCAUCAGCACCAUGCAGGCGGUCUUUUCAUCCGUGUUUUACUUUGCCUCCGUUCCUCUCUAUCAAGGAUUCCUCAUCAUUGGGUACUCCACCAUUUACACCAUGUUUCCUGUGUUUUCUCUGGUCCUGGACAAAGAUGUCAAGUCGGAAGUUGCCAUGCUGUAUCCUGAGCUCUACAAGGAUCUCCUCAAGGGAAGACCGUUGUCCUACAAGACCUUCCUAAUAUGGGUUUUGAUUAGCAUCUAUCAAGGGAGCACCAUCAUGUACGGGGCCCUGCUGCUGUUUGAGUCCGAGUUCGUGCACAUCGUGGCGAUUUCCUUCACGUCGCUGAUCCUCACCGAGCUGCUGAUGGUGGCCCUGACCAUCCAGACAUGGCACUGGCUCAUGACGGUGGCCGAGCUGCUCAGUCUGGCCUGCUACAUCGCCUCCCUGGUGUUCCUACACGAAUUCAUCGAUGUGUACUUCAUCGCCACUCUGUCGUUCUUGUGGAAGGUGUCCGUGAUCACUCUGGUCAGCUGCCUGCCCCUGUACGUUCUCAAGUACCUGCGGAGACGGUUCUCCCCGCCCAGCUACUCGAAGCUCACGUCGUAGGCGGCGCCGACCCAGGGCGCCGCGGCCUCGGCGCUCUCCUGCCGGGCAGAGUUCAAGUUGCGUUUUUCUUACCCGCUGCCUGUGGGUCGUGCAGGCCUCGCUAACAGGUGCAGUUUUGACGCGAAGAGGCUCCGCGUGGGGUCCUGACGCCGGACGAUCGGGGAGGUCCCUGGAGGGGACCCCGCGGGCCUGCUCGGGCCCCUCACGGUUCAGCCCGCAGCGAAUGUACAUAUGUUAAAGCCGGCGGCUCCGCUGACGAUUAAUCCGUGGGUCACUGGGCAAGCUUCCGAGGACGUGCUUUCUGUUGUCAUGCGAUAAGGGUUUCUGUCUAGUUGACGAUCGUAGAGGGGUUUUUGUUUUUGUGUUCAGCAGUCCUCAUGUGUGUGUACUCUUUACAUCUUUCUCACUCUUAAAAGCCGGCUCCGGAGAAAUGUAAAAUCCCUUGGGAUAGGUUUGUGGGGAAAGACAGUGACUUCGGUAGAAAGUUACACAGGCAGUCAUCUCGAGGGGGAGAUGCGGCUUGUCCUGUCCGAGGCCGCGCUGCUCUCCGAGGCCGCCCGGCUUCCCAGAGUGACACAGAGCAAAGGAGAGGCGGGAGAGAGAGACAGAGGGAGCCACAAAUCCAGUCUGGCCUCUUCCCUCGGACUCAACACCUCCAGCCCUCGACUUAGCUCCACCUGCCACCUCCUCAAAGAAUUUUCGGAGAUGUUCUCCUGCUUUCUUCGGACCUGGUAACGAUGACCAAGCCCGCGGCCGGCUGAGGACACCCUCAGACAUUUUCAGCAGAGUUGUUGCAGCAGGAAACGUGCCACUGAACAGCUCCUCAAUGUGUCGACAGACGGAUAAGAGACUCCACUAAUUCUUUAGACAAUGUUGCACAUGUGGCCGGGCCCGUCCGAGUCCUGAGUGCAAGGUCAGGGACGGGGGGCUCUCUGCUCCAUAGAGGUCUGUUUCCCAUUAGGAGGCUGAAUGACUAAGGCAGAGGCAUCUCCCAUGUUGCUGUGCGUCGUUCGUCGGGGGCAGCCCCCGUGGGAGGAGGCCCGGGCUGCCGCUCCAGGGCCCUGGGGUCCGGGGUCUGUCACACUGCCUACGGCUUUCGAAGGGAACUUACUUAAAGACAGCUGGCCGUAUCGAUCCCCCCCCCCCGCCCCACGGGGAUAGACUACACGCCCAUGUGUUUCUCAUAAAGCUGUGGCUUCUCGUUUCAGAGGAGGAAGGGGGUGUGCAAGGCCUGGACCAGGCAGGGCAAGGCAUCCUCGGGGUUUUGAGUCCCUCAGCGCCUGCCAUCAGGGCUCGGCCCGUUGAUCUUCCAGAGCUGACCAUGCUCGAGAUCUUGGACUUGGAUGAAUUUCUUCGGCCCCUUCUGCUUGUGUGGGCUUCAGGGCUGCGGGUUCCGGCUGGUGGCGGCACCCACUACCCUCCGGGCAGCCGGCUCUGGGGGAGCUGGGGGUGGGCGGAGCAGGCGGUGGUCCCCUUGCCCGGGAGCACUCUUCAUACGCUCCUGCACGGGUGCUGCCCCUUUGAAACGUCAUAAAAUGACCGCAGGUUUCAGGCACCGGUAAGCUGGCUGCUGACGUGCUUCUGUGUGAAGACUGUGCGUUUCUGCAGCCACCUUUGCCUGCUCAUGCCGGCUAUUCCUGCCGCACAGACCCACAGAGAAUACAGGUUGCAGUGGGUGAAUAGUUAUUUGGGACUAGGACCUUGGUCUAAAACUCUCAGAAAGAUCGAACACGUCUGACUUCUUCCUGAGUGAUGUUUCCCAGUUUCAAAGGGAGGGGAGCGGAGUGUGGGGCUCAGAGGUUCACACUUGGUUCUGUCUUUUUGGAAGGCUGAUGAUAAGUCUUACGUUGUUCUGUUCUGAGUUUGUAAACCCCGAUCCUGGCCUUCUGCACAGACGGGAUGGCUCCUGGGGUAGGUCUUAAGGAACCAUUGCUAGGAAAUGGCAGACGUUCAGCAGAUAGUGGGAGGUGGUCUCUGGUUUUAUCCCUCAAGUCCCAAGUGAUCCAGGUGUGUGAGUUGACUUUUAAAGUCCACACCUGAACUGCUGCUUGCCAUCUCCCAGGAAGGAAGCUUUCCAGAGAGGCUGAAGAAGCCCUCCAGCCCGACCUUCCCCCGGAAGUUGAUGGAUGCCUGUCUUGCUGUGAAAAAUCGUGUUCUGUUGUCUCAGCCACACUCUAGUCGAGGCAGUCAAGGGCCAGAGGGACCGAAAUCCAAGUGGAUCCCAGACCACCGUCACUGGGCAGCCUGCGUACACCACCUGCUGGGGGGCCUCGAGUGUCCAGGAACGCGUGUGCCCCCAAAGGGUGGGAGCCUCCAGUCGGUGAGAGUACAGGAUGGUCGCCUGCCCAGGUCGCCUCAUCCCAGCAGAGAGAAGUGCGGCACGCGCGGGUUGUCUUAGUUGUGGGGGAGGACAAACGCCCGAGCUACUUUACAGGAAGCUCCUGAGUUCAUUAACCUUAAGCAUAAGGAUUCUGUUGACCUUUUUCUCGGUUUCCCAAUCUGGAAAGAAUUUAAGAAACACCACUGACCCCUUCCCCUCACCCUGGACCUCAGUGGGACCUAAGUCUGUGAUAGCUGAUUUAAUUCGAGGCCAGAGGCCCCACAACACGCAAUCAGUGCUGUUCAAAUAUUUCUCCUUAAAGUAGAAAUCACAACCCCCCGACCCUCUGACACCGUUAUGUGUUUGUGUCCCAGUAAGCACUUUUGUUUUAUGAUGAUUUUUGCUUGAUCUUGCGGCGAUGGUUGUGUGUGCGUGAGGACCGUGGGAUCUGUUUGUGGUUUCUCCUUUCCCCUUCCUUCCUCGAAGAAAACGACCAGACGAGCUUCUCCAUCUUCAGUGAUUUCUGGUGCCUGACAGUGUGGAUCCUUGUUUGGCAGCUGUGUGGGCACAGGUGCGUGUUGCCCGCGGUGCUGGGCCAGGCCAGUUGCAUUGGCCAUGGCUGCUCGGAGUGGCAGACGUGGCUCCCGAGCCCUGGAGGGCAUCCCCGGGGGCAUCCUGACAUCGGGGCAAACCACCUGUUUGUAGCCGCCAGGAGCUGGGAGACCAAGAGCUGGGAUGUCCCCCACUGCGAAGCUCGUGUUCUCCGGGUCCCAGGCCAGUUUCCCCUAAUAAGUGAAGCCCUUUUGUGUCCUAGUAAUCUUGAAUGUCUGCUGACCCCUUCCCUCGGUGUGUUCUCUGCUGAAAGUUAAGGUCACACUGACAACUUUUGAAUGUAUUUUGAGUUUUGUGCUCAUUGGAAAUUGACACAAUAAUGCCUAUUCUUCCUCCAGACUUUGCUUUUAUACUUUGUUUUGUUUUUACUGGGGUGGGGAUGGGAACGCCCUCAUGCCUUUAUGGGGCAGCAUUUUAAACCUUUGCCAAAAUUGCCGAUGGGACCUACAUGUGCUUCCGCUCCAUCCUAUUGAAGGCAAACACCUGUCAGCUGUUUUUUAUCUUUAAUCUCCUGUGUGUGUUAAGUGCGUGUGUGUAUGUGACUGUGUCAUCUCCAGUUUUUUGAUGAGAUGCUUGGUUUGCAUUAAAAUCCCGUUACUCCCAGCUUUGUUUUCAUUAAGAAACCUACAAGGAGCUUUGUAAAUACAACCGAUUUUAUUUCUCCUCCUUUCCUUUAAUGUAAAGGAAUUUGUUGCGUAUACUUAUGGGGAAAUAUUUCCAUCAAUGAUGUUCAUUUCGUCUUGGACAAGUGUAUGUUUCUGAAUGGAGCGGAGAGGCAGAUGAUGUCGUGAGCAGCGCCCCAGUGACCUUGAGCUCCGCAGCACCUCCUUGAUCCGCGGCAGCUGUACCCGUGGACCCGUCCUGGUCACCGCAUGGUCACGGGUGCUGUCCGUUCAGGUCGCUGGGUUCCGUCAGUGAAUACUGCAUUUGUUGGGGGUGGGGGCAGGGGCAAUUGGGGGUGGUGCACAAAAAAAGCUGUGGCUAAAUUAUGAUUUUGUCGCUCUGGGGCUAACUGUAAGCUCUCCUGGGAGUCCGUGGCCGUCCCGUUAGUAGGUCCCUACGGGUAAUCCGCCUUGCAGACUCUCACCAGGACAGUAUUUUGUCAUGAGAGAGCAGCUCUGGAACAGGAUGCUUUAAUUCAGCAGGGACUCCCAGAUGAUUUAAAUUCUCGAUCCUGUGACGAUACCCAUGUGAUCCUGCGUGCUCCGAGCGGUUCUUUCAUUGUCUGCCAGCCGAGCCCGUUGCUGUUGCCCAAUAAAGCUUGUGUACUUUA